GCGCGGUGUCACUGUGCAGCCGCGCGCUCUCACUGUAAUCCCGCGUUCGCAGGCGGCCGCAGGGCAGUCGCUCCGACAUGGCGACCGGGAAGGAGCCUCCUCACGGAACGAGCAGCAUCUGAUCUGCUCCCGCCAUCGUAUUCAGGCGCCACUUUCGUCUGGAGAGGGGGGAUAGAGCCGUGGAAAAAAAAAAAAAAAAAAAAAAACAAAAUCCACACGUGGGAGUUCUCGAGGCAAACGGGCGGGACCCAGGCAGACGGAGACGCCAUGGCGGAGCCGGAGCAGAGACAGUCGGCAGGCCAGCGGCUGGGCGCGCAGGAGAGCCUGGGGAUCAGCACGUUGGAGCACGGACACCGGCCCCCUGCCAUGCCCCCGGGGCGCCGCAUCUCCGUCCGAGUCCACAUGCUGGACGACACGGAGGAGGUCUUCGAGGUCUCGCAAAGAGCUCCAGGAAAGGUCCUGUUCGACAUGGUCUGCACCCACCUCAACCUGAUCGAGGGGGACUACUUUGGCCUGGAGUUCCAAAACCAGCACAAGAUGACCGUCUGGCUGGACCUGCUGAAGCCCAUCGUCAAGCAGAUCACGCGUCCCAAGAACAUGAUCCUGCGCUUCAUGGUGAAGUUCUUCCCCCCAGACCAGGCCCAGCUGCUGGAGGAGCUCACCAGGUACCUCUUUGCCUUGCAGAUCAAGUACGAUUUGGCCUGUGGCCAUCUGACCUGCAACGAAAGCAGCGCUGCCCUGUUGGUCUCCCACAUUGUCCAGUCUGAGAUCGGGGACUUUGAUGAGAUCCAGAGCCGACAGCACCUGCUUUACAACAAGUACAUUCCUGAGCAGGAUGCCCUGCUGGACAAGAUCUUGGAGUGCCACCGCAAACACGCGGGUCAGACGCCCGCUGAGUCCGACUACCAGCUCCUAGAGAUCGCCCGCAGGUUGGAGAUGUACGGCAUCCGGCUCCACCCGGCCAAGGACCGAGAGAACACCAAGCUGAACCUGGCCGUGGCGCACACGGGCAUCCUGGUGUUUCAGGGACACACAAAGAUCAACGCCUUCAACUGGUCCAAGGUCCGCAAGCUCAGUUUCAAGAGGAAACGAUUUCUCAUUAAACUUAGACCAGACCUGAACAGCGCGUGUCAGGACACCCUGGAGUUCCUGAUGGCCAGCAGAGACUGCUGCAAGGUCUUCUGGAAGAUAUGUGUGGAAUAUCAUGCCUUCUUCCGGCUCUUUGAGGAGCCCAAGCCCAAACCCAAGCCCGUGCUCUUCACCAGGGGCUCGUCCUUCAGAUUCAGUGGUCGGACACAGAAGCAGGUCAUCGAUUACGUGAAGGAUUCCGAAUUCAAAAAGAUCCCAUUUGAAAGGAAGCACAGUAAGAUCCAGUCCAGCAGCAGCCCGUCUCUCGGACCCUCCCAGAGGCACUCGGAUGUGCCCACGGAGAGCACCAGUGCCACCUCCAGAACCAAGACCGACUCCUCUCCUGGCCACCGUAGCUGGAAGGACGGCCUGCCAGUAAUCGGCGAUGGAGCCGCCACCCCGCGGAAGCAAAACAGCCCCUCUGCCCAGCACAACGGGGGAGGACGCGAAGCCCAGGCCGGCCCCGGGACGCCUCCCAGCAGGCCACCGGCCGACCAUCUGAGCACAGGCCUGGUGUCGGACAGUCCUCGGCUGUCGGACUCCUCGGGAGCCUCCCAGGGCCUGGUCAACGGGCAGAGGCAGGCGCUCACCCCGGGUCCGAGCCCCGACGGGCGGCAGCCCUCCCCCCUCACCAGCCCCCUGCUCAACGACGCAGGCUGCGUUCGCACCGACGAUGAGGAUGAGCUUCGGAGGAAGAGGUUCCCCACGGACAAGGCCUACUUCAUCGCCAAGGAGCUGCUCACCACGGAGAGGACCUAUCUGAAGGACCUUGAGGUUAUUACUGUGUCCUUCCAGAGCUUGCUGGAGAAGGAGGAGGCUGCGCCGGACUCCCUCGGAAGCAUGGUCUCGGCAAACUACGAUCCGCUCCACAAGUUCCACGCGGACUUCCUGAAGGAGGUGGAGCAGAGGCUGGCUCUCUGGGAGGGCCGCUCCAAUGCCCACAUGAAGGGAGACCACCAGCUGAUCGGAGACAUCAUGCUGAAGAACAUCCAAGGCCUAAAGCAGCUUUCGGCACACCUGCAGAAGCUUUCCGAGGUGCUGCUGGAGCUGGAGAGGGCAUGCCGGGCGUCCCGCCGCCUCGAGGUCCUGUGCCGGGACCUGGAGCUGCAGAAGGUGUGUUACCUGCCCCUCAACGUGUUCCUGCUGCGCCCGCUGCACCGCCUCAUGCACUACAAGCAGCUCCUGGAGAGGCUGUGCAAGCACUACCCCGCCACGCACGUGGACUUCAGGGACUCCAGAGCGGCCUUGGCGGACGUCUCGGAGAUGGUGGCCCAGCUCCACGGCACCAUGAUCAAGAUGGAGAACUUUCAGAAGCUGCUCGAGCUCAGGAAGGACCUCGUCGGCAUCGACAAUCUCGCCGCUCCAGGACGGGAGUUCAUCAGGUUGGGCUGUCUGAGCAAACUCUCCGCCAAAGGCCUCCAGCAGAGGAUGUUCUUCCUGUUCAAUGACGUCCUGCUGUACACGAGUCGCGGGAUGACGGCCUCCAACCAGUUCAAAGUGCACGGGCAGCUGCCCUUAUACGGCAUGACAAUCAGGGAGAGCGAAGAUGAGUGGGGUGUCCCAAAUUCCUUCACUCUGUUCGGACAGCGCCAGUCCGUGGUUGUGGCAGCGAGCUCCGCAUCGGAGAUGGACAAGUGGAUAGAGGACAUCAAGAUGGCCAUCGACCUGUCCGAGAAGUGCAACGGCCCCUCUUCAAACCCACUGGCCUGCAGCCUCGGCGAGAGCAAAUCCCUCGAGGACUCCGCCCUGGAGCAGGAGUCGGAGGACGACCUGAGCGCCUCGCGCACCUCCCUGGAGAGACAGGUGCCUCACCGCGGUAACACCACAGUGCACGUGUGCUGGCACAGGAACACCAGUGUGUCCAUGGUGGACUUCAGCCUGGCUGUGGAGAAUCAGCUGUCGGGCAAUCUGCUGAGGAAGUUCAAAAACAGCAACGGCUGGCAGAAGCUGUGGGUAGUCUUCACCAACUUCAGUCUGUUCUUCUACAAGACGCACCAGGACAACUCCCCGCUGGCCAGCCUGCCCCUGCUGGGCUACUCCGUCACCAUCCCCUCCGAGUCGGAGAACAUCCACAAGGACUACGUCUUCAAGCUGCACUUCAAAUCUCACGUGUACUACUUCCGCUCCGAGAGCGAAUACAGCUUUGAGAGGUGGAUGGAGGUCAUCCGUAGCGCCACCACCUCUGCCUGCCGCACCCGCAUCCUGAGCCGAAAGGAAUCUCACCCUUAUUGAUCCCAGAAGCCUGGGGAGGGAUGAUGACCUCGCACCCGGGCAGAGCACUGUGCCCUGACCACAGCCCCUGCCACCUGCAAAAAGUGUCACCUUCAUCCCUGUCCCUGGAAGGUGUUUAUCUUUUUAUUUUUUUAAGAGGAAAACAAAACAAUGGAAGCAACAGAGACACUCAUUCAUCAGUCAGUGUCCUGCACAGCGUCAGUUUUUUUUUUCCCUUU